AGCUCGGUUUUAAACAAAGAAGUAAAGCAAUAUGGGAAGCAGCUAAUGUUUGAUACGAAAGAAGACACCUCUUGGACUUCCGAUGAAGGAACCCCCCAAUGGAUUACCGUUAGUUUGGAUGAGCCACAGAAGAUCUCGGGAUUUAGCUUUCAGUUUCAAGGAGGAUUCGCUGGCCUGAAAUCGGAAAUGAUCAUGUACUCCGCUGAUGGAGUCCAAAUACAUCAAGAACCAUUUUACCCAGAAGACAUAAACUCUCCUCAGCUAUUCCAGCUUAAAGAUACAGUCCGGGAAAAAGCUUGUUCAAAGAUAAAGUUUAUUUUCGAGUCCAGUACAGAUCUUUUUGGUCGAAUCAUUGUUUACAACCUCCAGCUGUUGAGCUAGUCCUAAGUAUUUAUGUAACUAGAAUUCUACAAAACUCGGUUCUUAUCAAAGUGUAUAUAAAUGGACAAUUAUCUUUAUAUUAUCAAACAAAAAAA